GAAGAGCCAUGCGUAUAUAACUCGCAACACAGCAUCAUCUCUCGCUCAGCCAACGCCAACCCCUUGUCUGCCUCCCCGACACGUGACCGCGCGUGGGCCCGUCGAAGCCGCCACGUCAUUCCGGCGAAGGAUUUCCCCAUUCCAGAACGCUGCAGGGAAAUUGGAGAACGUCGAACACCACGCAGGCACAUUCCAUCCCAUCCAACGCUGCUGCAUGAUCCUCUCGUCGCCGUAUCAUCGCUGUGAUCGGUCCUCAUAGUCCAUCUCGUUUGACGCCCCUGGUUUCUGUCCAUCAUGUCCGAUUCCACCCUCUACCUUUACACCUCCCUUACUGCGGGGUCAUCCCAUAUCGUCACCGCCACUGCACGAUUGGAGACCAUCCUGAAGGCCAACAAACUCCCGUUUCGCGCAAUUGACGUCGCCACCGAUGAUGCCGCUCGGAAGCUCUGGGGUCGUCGCUCCAAGGGCAAGAAAUUGCCCGGUUUGGUGAAAUUCGGCACCGUCGUCGGCGAUCUAGAGGAAAUCGAAGAAUGGAACGAAUUCGGUGAGCUGAGGAUGCAGGUUAACAGUGUCGAAGACUUCGAUAGUAUGCCCGCCACCAGCUACCCAGCUCCCGCCCCCCAGUCGUCCGCCGCGUCCACCCCCACUCCCGAGUCGGCCGCUCCCAAGCAGAGCACGAUUAAAAUCCAGAACCCGCCCGCCAAGGAGGCCCAAAAGGACGACUCCAUCACCGUUGCACUGCGGCAGGCCGGCGAGGAGGCGGCGUCCAAGGCCAAGGAGAACAGCGCGAAGCCCGAAAAGGCUCCCGCUGCCACGGAAGAGCAGCCCAGCCCGCAGCCGCCUGCCGCCGCCGCGACCGACGCCGAGAAGAAAGAGGGCGGCGAAGAUUCUGUACGUCGGAAAUCAUUGGCUCCGAGAGAUUCCGAGAGUCCAAGGCGCCCGCCUCUCAUUGUGCCGGAGGUUGCUGCAGUCUCCUCGGCCAACAUUCAUGCUGAUAACGCCCAAGCUCUAGGGUUGGUGGAACACCACCGUGGCUCCAUAAUCUCGGCGACGUCUCCCGAGGAGCAGGAGAAGGUCGCGCAGGACUUGCGCAAAUCCAUCUCUGGCGGUCGUCAGGAGAUUCUGGAUGCGUUGAAGCAGGAGAAGGAAGAGCAGGGCGCUCAGGACGAGCCCAUCGAGGAGGAGCCCGCGAUCGAAGAUGAACCGGACGUCAAGGACACGGAGGCCAAGAAACAAGGAUAGAUUUCAUUGGGGUGAUUUUGACAAUCACCACCAAAUUGAGGCAGCCGCUAGCGGUGGCUAUCAAUCCAGGUUGUCUAUGUCGCAAAGCCUGGCCAGCUGUGCUGUCGGGGUGACCAACACGGCAUGACAUCACACUUGUUUCAUUCGGAUUUUCCUGUGUUUGUAAAGAUACCAGUUGAAAGUGUUCUUUAGUGCCUAGUUUGAGGGUCUUUUCGGGUUCAGAUGUAUUUAUUUAGUCAUUAAUCUAUUGUAUUGCAGGCUUCGC